CUUACACAAAAGCUAUAAAAAAACGAUGGAUAUCUUAAGCCAGUUUCAAAGAUAAGUAAAUAAAUCAACCUGUGUCAAAAUCCCCAAAAUCUACCCAUCGAAAAUCAAGCCAUCUAUCAUUCGGGAAAUCUAUUCAAACGUAAAGAACUCCCCUAUGGCUGUCAUGUGCUGCAGCCGUAAUCAUUUGAUUUGGAUACAGAGUGUGUUAAGUCUCAGGGCCUGGGGUAUUGUUAUGAGGAGAACCUGAAGAUACCCAUUAAAAUGGCAGAUGUUUAGACCGGAUGUGGCAGUAAAGUGAGUUGUAUGCUGCAGCAACAAAUGCUUUGCGUGUCAGGUUUCUUUUGUGUUGUUUUUCCUGUUGUAACUCAUUUUCUCCGCUCUAUAUCAUUUUGGGGUGUUAAUUCACAAGUGCCCGCAAGAUGGCGUCGCCAAGUUUCCGGAAUUCUGGGUCCCAGAAUAAACCACCCGCACCGCCAGUUCCGCCCCGUCCCGUAAUAGUGCCACGCCCCAGUAUGCUGCAGUAUGAGCCCCACGAGAGUCAGAAAAUCUCUAGAUCCAGAUUUAUAGUUUUGGUAUACCUGCUGGUCGUGGUAGUACUCCUGCUCGCCUUGGUUCAAUGGGAACUUGUGUCAUUUUAUAAACCCUUAACCAAUUUAUUUUUGGACAAGUACUGGCUGAGUGUGGCCUGCAUGCUGAUAUCAGUUCCCCUUUUAGCGGUUUUUCUGAUCGUUCGAAAAGCUCGAUAUAUACCAAUCCUUGGAUGUAUUGGUAUUUGCACUUUGGCUGCCUAUUGUAGUGCACUAUACUUUUUGCUAAGCUUCACCAUAACUGCAAUUCUGGUUGUGACCUUUGUGCUCAUUGGUUCCUUUAUUCCCUGCGAUUUGACCGCCAAUGUGGCGGUAUUAUUUAUAAUCAGCAUGCAGCUAUUUGGGGUCAGCAUUUUUCUACUAAUGAUGUUCAUGAUGACCGAAUUGGGCGAUGGAUUUUUCUGCGCCUUUGCCAUGAUGGUUUUGGGUAUUGUUGGUAUGUUUAUCAUGUACCAUGCCCAACUGAUCCGAGGUUGGCGGUAUGCGGAACUUUACACCACCGAUGGACUCUUUGCAGUGAUCAUCCUUUUCUGCCACAUUUGCAUUAUACUGAUGCUUUUCUGCUUCUGGGAUUGGUCAAAAGCAAAAGAUGACGAUGAUUAUGACUCUGGUAAGGCAGCUUACAAGGCUGUGUGGCUAACAACUCGGCUGUCAUUCGAAAUUUUUUGGGUCAGACCACUCAGGACGACAGGACUACAGGACAUCAGGCGCCUGCUAAGCCUACUCGUCGACAUUAUAAUAACAUCCAUCAUUUUGGACCACACAAAAAUAACAACAACUGGCGAAAGUUGCACAGAAAUAAAAAUAUAAACAAAACGGCAAAAGCAGAAAAAACAGAAAGCCAAAAACAAGUUUUGCUUGGACUGCUCCACGCUGAGUAAACAUGACAUAUUUUUGUUUACCCGAAACGUUUGCCUCGUUCUUCAUGUCAGCACGACGGCUGAUGGGCCUUUUAGGCCAGGAUAUAUGAAUGAAUGAAUGGGCCCUUUGACCACCAUUUAACCUGCCGUUUGGCGCCUUCAAACACUGGCUUUUAUACGAAGAAAGUAUAUAGAAAUGCGUGGGAGUAUGAGUGCUUAUGCAUCCAAUAAUAAGCCAUUUCGUGCACAUAAUUGGCUUUGGCAGGAGCAAAAGCGGACAAAGUAAAUAGCCAUAAUUAAUGUAUACAACAUAAAUGUGACCUGACCGAAAUACGAAAAAAGCGGUCGAAGAACACGAAACGACAGAGCCUCGAAAACUUUUUAUCUUCAAUGGCGCACAGUGGUCAAGAACAAGCUAAUCCAGACUAUGAUUGAGUUGAAGGA